AUGACGCUUAUGAUGGAAACUAUGAUGGCUGAGAGAGAGCAAGCAGCAAUCUCCAAUUCAACUCCUGUUGUGGUCGUCACAGCUGCACCUGAGGGUCCCCCGCAACCAUCUCCGACUACUACUACAACUAUCGGCCUCACCCAGCCUCUGAUGACUGAUUUUUCUUCUGGUACUAUGGCAACUAUGAGUAACUCAGGCUUCCAUCCUCUUGGCCCCCAGGGUCCCUUUGCCACUCCUCAGUAUUCCAUGCCUUCAGGCUACCCUUGGGGCAUGCCGAUUGCAACUAACGGGGGUUUUGGUCCAGGCGCUACUGAAAUGCCAUUCACACAGGGUCAACAGACUUCGGCACAUUUCCAGAUGAGUCAACCGAUUCCUCAAGCUACCAUGACUCAAGCAGGUCCUACUGUGCAUGUUGGGCCACAACAUGAAGAGCAGAUUUAUCACUCCGACAGUAUAAUGGGGGAUGAUAAAGCAAUCGAUUGGGAAGAAAGGUUCGGUGCUCUAGAGAAGAAGCUGAGUAAUAUGCGGGGGAAGGAAACAGUCGUCCAAAGCAUAUAUGACCUUUGCUUAGUACCAGAUGUAAACAUACCUCCAAAGUUCAAGAUGCCUGUAUUUGAGAAGUAUCAAGGGGACACGUGUCCACAAAAUCAUCUAACUAUGUAUAUUAGGAAGAUGAUAGCUUACAAGAAUAAUGUUCCCUUACUCAUUCACUGCUUCCAGGAUAGUUUGACUGGUCCGGCACAUACCUGGUUCAUGGGGUUGAAAGGAGUCACUACUUUUGAACAAUUGACUGAUGCCUUCAUGCAACAGUACAAAUAUAAUACCUAUCUGGCGCCAAGUCGCAAAGAGUUGCAGUCCUUAACCCAGAAAGAUAAAGAAUCGUUCAAAGAAUACGCACAACGCUUCAUUCAAAAAGCUGCUCAGAUUCGUCCUCCCUUAGAUGAGAGGGAACUUUCAGAAUUGUUCUAUGAAACCCUGAGCCCUUGUUAUUCAGAAAAGAUGAUUGUCUGUGCAUCACAGAAGUUCACUGAUUUGGUGGAAACAGGAAUGCGUAUCGAGGAGUGGGCUCGUAAGGGAGCAGCUGUUUCGGGAAGUUCUUCAGGUGGUUCUUCAGGGGUUUCGUCCAAUGGUAAUAAGAAAUUUGGGAAUGGUUACCCAAAGAGGAAUGCUCAAGAGGUUGGCAUGGUGGCUCAUGGAGGACCUCAGCCCGUGUACCCUAAUCACCCCUUUGUUGCCAACAUCACUCCACAAAUGACCGCGCCCCAGAACCCAAACUAUCAAUCACCCAGACCUCAAGGACCUGCACCAUACUACUCCCCAUUAUACCAACCACUAUACAACCUACAACAAUUCCCUCAACAACCAUAUUACCCCCAACAACCAUACCAACAAAGACCACAGCAACAACCCCGUCCUCAGGCUCCUCACAAUCAGCAGAAUCAAAGGCAACAAUUUGAUCCCUUGCCAAUGACCUAUGGAGCAUUGCUCCCUUCUUUACUUGCACAGAAUCUAGUCCAAACAAUACCACCUCCUCGCAUUCCAGACCCUCUCCCACGCUGGUACCGUCCGGACCUUCAUUGUAUUUACCAUCAAGGGGCACCAGGCCACGAUGUGGAGCGUUGUUUUGCUCUUAAGAAAGAGGUUCAGAAACUGAUAAAUAGCAAAGAGUUAACCUUCACCGACCCUGAUGCUGUAGCUCAGAACAAUCCUCUGCCUACUCAUGGGCCUGCUGUUAAUAUGAUUCAAGACGAUCAGGAAGAGGCUCGCAUUCUCUCUGUAGGUGAUAUCAAGACUCCUCUGGUACCGAUACAUGUGAAAAUGUGUAAAGCAACUCUCUUCAACCACAAUCAUGAAGCUUGUGACAUAUGUUCGAUGGAUCCUCGUGGAUGUAUACAAGUCCAGAAUGAUGUGCAGGGUCUCCUAAAUAGAAGGGAACUUGUGGUUACAAGGGAACCCGAGAGCAAAGACGUCUGUGUUGUCACUCCGGUAUUCAGAGCCAGGAGGCCGCUGGUGAUAAACCCUAACAGUACAAAGCCCGUUGGUACUCCCUUGGUAAUCUGUGUGCCUAGGCCCACGCCUACUACUGCUCAGAAAGCCGUACCCUACAAGUAUGAAGGCACGAUUCUAGAGCCCGGAAGUGAGACAACUUCACCUGUUACUGUGGAUAAUAUCGCAGAGAGUAGCCGGAUUUUGAGGAGUGGCCGCAUCCUUCCUACGGUGGGUCCGAAGAGUGUUAGUGUUCCGAUCGAUGAGCCAGUAAAAGAGCGAAACGCCGGUAAAGGUAAAGCUGGGGAGCAGGCCAAAGAGUUUGACUUUGAGGAUGCCGAUGAAGUCUUGAAGCUGAUCAAGAAGAGUGAAUACAGGGUGGUGGACCAGUUGUUACAAAAUCCUGCGAAGAUUUCCAUCAUGGCCCUGUUGUCAAGUUCUGGUGCUCAUCGGGAUGCCCUGAGGAAAGUACUAGACCAGGCAUUUGUGGAUUAUGAUGUAACUCUGGGUCAAUUCGAAAGCAUUGUGGGGAAUGUGACCGCGUGUAACAGUCUGACUUUCAGUGAUGAAGAUCUCCCGGCGGAGGGGAAUAAGCAUAAUCAAGCAUUACUCAUCUCUGUACUUUGCAGAACGGACUCGUUAUCCAACGUCCUGAUAGAUACCGGCUCUGCACUUAAUGUGAUGCCCAAGUCAACUCUCGACCAAUUGGCGUACUCCGAGGCUCCUUUGAGACUUAGCAAGGUGACGGUGAGGGCCUUCGAUGGAACUAGGAGAUCGGUGUAUGGUGAGGUAGAUUUGCCAAUUUCGAUCGGCCCACAUGAAUUUCAGGUUACUUUCCAAGUCAUGGAAAUCCAGGCUUCUUUCAGCUGUUUGCUCGGCAGACCAUGGAUUCAUGACGCUGGGGCAGUGACAUCUACUCUCCAUCAGAAAUUGAAGUUUGUAAGUCGUGGAAAGUUGAUCACUGUGAGUGGCGAAUCGGCCUUUUUAAUCAGCAAUUUGUCUGCUUUCUCUGUUAUCGGUGGUAGUAGUUCAGACGGGCCAUCAUUCCAAGGGUUCUCUGCCGAAGAAAGUGUCGGUAAGAUUGAGACUUGUAUGGCUUCGUUGAAGGAUGCCCGGAGAGUAAUUCAGGAAGGCAAAACCGAAGGCUGGGGUCAGCUAGUGGAGUUGCCAGAAAACAAGCGUAAAGAGGGAAUUGGUUUCCUUAACAGUAAGCCUGGGAUGUUCGACCCCACCAGAGGUUCUUUCCACAGUGCUGGUUUCAUUCAUGAUUCGCCAGAGACCAAUGCAAUUUUAGAUGAUGCACCUGGAGGAGUGACACCGGUCUUUGUGACGCCUGGAGGAGCUUGCUGCAACUGGAUUGCUGUUGACAUUCCUUCUGUGACACCCCGCUCUAAACUGAACAUAAGUGAAUCCGUUGAACACAGUGACCCCAUGCUUUCUCCCAACUUUGAGGUCCCGGUUUACGAGGCUGUGGUAGAGGAGGAUGAAGAGAUCCCGAAUGAGAUCAAAUGGAUGUUGGAACAAGAAAGGAAGACAAUUCAACCUCAUCAGGAAGAGAUAGAAAUCAUCAAUCUGGGUACUAAGGAAGACAAGAAAGAAAUCAAGAUUGGGGCAUCGUUGGAUGUAUCUGUCAAGAAAAGAGUAAUUGAGCUUAUCAGAGAAUAUGUUGAUAUAUUCGCAUGGUCAUACAAAGACAUGCCGGGUCUAGACCCUGAUGUCGUUGAACACAGACUGCCUUUGAAGCCUGAGUGUUCUCCGAUUGAUGCAGGUUUCCUGGUCACGUCAGAGUAUCCUCAAUGGUUGGCCAACAUAGUGCCUGUUCCAAAGAAAGAUGGCAAAGUCAGAAUGUGUGUUGAUUAUCGGGACUUGAACAAGGCUAGUCCGAAGGAUAAUUUUCCUUUACCUCACAUUGAUGUAUUAGUUGAUAACACUGCUAAGUGCAAGGUUUUCUCCUUCAUGGACGGUUUCUCCGGCUACAAUCAGAUCAGGAUGGCUCCUGAGGAUAGAGAAAAGACGUCUUUCAUCACGCCCUGGGGUGCUUUCUGCUAUGUGGUGAUGCCAUUUGGUUUGAUAAAUGCUGGUGCCACUUACCAAAGGGGUAUGACCAAAAUCUUUCAUGAUAUGAUUCACAAAGAAAUUGAGGUCUACGUAGAUGAUUUGAUUGUUAAGUCUGGCACAGAAGAAGAACAUGUUGAGUAUUUGUUGAAGAUGUUCCAGCGGUUGAGAAAGUACAAGCUCCGGUUGAAUCCUAACAAAUGUACUUUCGGUGUUAGAUCUGGUAAACUCCUAGGCUUUAUCGUCAGUCAAAAGGGUAUUGAAGUUGAUCCCAACAAGGUCAGAGCCAUCAGAGAAAUGCCUGUUCCAAAGACAGAGAAGCAAGUCAGAGGUUUUCUUGGUAGACUCAAUUAUAUCUCCAGAUUUAUCUCUCACAUGACCGCCACAUGUGGACCAAUUUUCAAGUUACUCCGCAAGGAUCAAGGGGUGAAGUGGAAUGAUGAUUGUCAGAAGGCUUUUGAUCAAAUCAAAGAAUAUCUGUUAGAACCUCCAAUUCUUGUUCCUCCAGUUGACGGAAGACCUUUGAUCAUGUAUUUAACAGUACUGGAAGAUUCCAUGGGCUGUGUUUUGGGUCAACAAGAUGAAACCGGAAAGAAAGAGCACGCUAUCUACUAUUUGAGUAAGAAGUUCACUGAUUGUGAGUCCCGAUAUUCUGUACUUGAGAAAACUUGUUGUGCUUUAGCUUGGGCUGCCAAGCGUCUCCGUCAUUAUAUGAUUAAUCAUACAACUUGGUUGAUAUCCAAGAUGGAUCCUAUCAAGUACAUAUUUGAGAAGCCAGCUUUAACUGGAAGGAUUGCUCGCUGGCAGAUGUUAUUGUCCGAAUAUGAUAUCGAGUAUCGCACUCAGAAAGCAAUCAAAGGUAGCAUCUUGGCAGAACAUUUAGCUCAUCAACCAAUCGAAGACUAUCAACCAAUCAAAUUCGACUUCCCAGAUGAAGAGGUUAUGUAUCUAAAAGCAAAAGAUUGUGACGAACCGGUGUUCGGUGAAGGUCCUGAUCCUGAAUCCGAAUGGGGUUUGAUAUUUGAUGGAGCUGUUAAUGUCUAUGGAAGUGGAAUUGGUGUGGUACUCAUUACCCCUAAGGGUACUCACAUCCCUUUUACUGCGAGGUUACGUUUUGAUUGCACAAACAACAUUGCAGAGUACGAAGCUUGCAUCAUGGGUAUCGAGGAAGCCAUCGAUUUGAGGAUCAAGAAAAUUGUCAUUUAUGGAGAUUCCGCUCUUGUGAUUAACCAGAUCAAAGGAGAAUGGGAAACUCGUCAUCCUGGAUUGAUUCCCUACAGAGAUUAUGCAAGGCGUUUGCUGACUUUCUUCAACAAAGUAGAGUUACAUCAUGUGCCCCGCGAUGAGAAUCAAAUGGCAGAUGCUUUAGCUACUCUAUCCUCAAUGAUCAAGGUGAAUGGUCACAAUACUGUGCCAGUAAUCAAUGUUCAAUUUCUCGACCGACCUGCUUAUGUGUUUGUAGCCGAAGCAAUUGAUGACGACAAGCCAUGGUAUCAUGAUAUCCAAGUUUUCCUUCAAACUCAAAAAUACCCGCCUGGGGCAUCCAACAAGGACAAGAAAACAUUGAGAAAAUUGUCAAGCCGUUUCUUCCUUAACGAAGACGUUUUGUAUAAAAGGAACUUUGAUGGGGUCCUACUUAGAUGUGUGGAUAAGCAUGAAGCAGAAAAAUUGAUGCGCGAGAUUCAUGAAGGCUCUUUUGGAACUCACUCAUGCGGUCACGCCAUGUCGAAGAAGAUAUUGAGGGCUGGGUACUACUGGAUAACAAUGCACGGCGAUUGCUACAAUCACGCCAAGAGAUGCCAUAAGUGUCAAAUAUAUGCUGACAAGAUUCAUAUACCACCAUCUAUGCUCAAUGUUAUCUCUUCCCCGUGGCCUUUCUCCAUGUGGGGCAUCGACAUGAUUGGUCGGAUUGAGCCAAAAGCUUCCAAUGGACAUCGUUUCAUAUUAGUGGCUAUCGAUUAUUUCACCAAGUGGGUUGAAGCAGCAUCUUACGCCAAUGUGACCAAGCAGGUAGUGGUCAGAUUUAUCAAGAACAACAUCAUCAGCCGCUACGGUGUUCCCAACAGAAUCAUCACAGACAAUGGCACAAAUCUGAAUAACAACAUGAUGAAAGAGUUGUGUGAUGACUUCAAGAUUCAACAUCACAAUUCUUCUCCUUACAGACCACAGAUGAAUGGGGUAGUUGAAGCUGCAAACAAGAACAUCAAGAAGAUCAUACAGAAGAUGGUAGUUACUUACAAGGACUGGCAUGAAAUGUUACCCUACGCUUUGUAUGGAUACCGUACCUCAGUGCGAACCUCGACAGGGGCAACCCCUUUCUCUUUGGUAUAUGGUAUGGAGGCUGUACUACCUGUAGAGGUUGAGAUUCCUUCUUUAAGAGUCUUGAUGGAAGCUGAAUUGUCUGAAGCUGAAUGGUGCCAGAGCAGGUACGACCAGUUGAAUUUGAUUGAGGAAAAACGUAUGGCUGCUUUGUGUCAUGGACAGUUAUAUCAGUCAAGGAUGAAACAAGCAUUCGAUAAAGGAGUCCAUCCCCGUGAAUUCAAGGAAGGAGAUCUUGUGCUCAAAUGUAUCAAAUCCUUUCAACCAAAUCCUAGGGGCAAAUGGACGCCAAACUAUGAAGGUCCCUACGUGGUGAAGAGAGCUUUCUCUGGUGGUGCUUUAAUUCUUACAAAUAUGGAUGGAGAGGAGUUACCUCGUCCUGUGAAUUCUGAUGCAGUCAAGAAA